GCCAAUGGGAGGAACUACAUGGCAUUAGUGAUCUCAAUAUUCAAAAGCUCAUAACUUUCUUAUUAUUCAUUCAAUCUUCCUCAAACUUUCAACAUGUUUCUUUGAUUUUACUCUUUGAUAUGGAUUCAGCUGGUUUCAAGGGUUUCAUUCUCCUUUAAUGUACUGUUAAUUGUGACUAAUGUCAGUGAAUUAAAACAAAAUCUAUCGUGGGAUUGAUUUUUGAUGAUUUUUUGAUGAGCUAUGAUUUAACACGUGAGUCAAUGAGGGUCUGAGCCCUGUAGGGGUUCAGCUUAAGUGAGCACGCAAUAUUUGCCUACUAUCAACCCCGUUCCACCGCUGUACACACAAGUAAUGUCAUUCGACAAAGGAGUUCCUUGAUAAAGAAAACACUGAAGUAUGCUCGAUCGAAAUUCGAUGUUGCUAGAGGUGUGUGACUCGACCCGACCUGGUGAUGUGAUGUGCAGAUGGCAGCGGAACAUGAUGGUACAUCACGUAGCUAUGUAGAUGAAAGAGAUGUGGGCAAAAAGGUAGACAAAGUGCGAGCAUUACACACACUAAAAAAUCAUCGAGAAGUAGAAGAUGUAUAUGACGAGUUUGCAGGAUAUUAUGACGAGCUUGUGUUAUCUUUGGAAUAUUCCGGACCAUACUUCACUUCAAGAACAGUCGCCAGGAUAGAACCGAGGAAGGAUGCAAAGAUGCUGGAUGUUGCGUGCGGGACAGGACUACUUGGUGAUGAGUUACACAAACUGGGAUACACAGAGAUUGUUGGAGUAGACCUGUCAAAAACAUCCCUUGAUGUUCUAGCAAAUAAGGGAUCAUACAGAUGUGCCUUUCAUGCGAACUUUGGACCAAACACUCCUUUGGAUUUUGAUGAUGGUUAUUUCGAUGUUGCCAUGAGCACUGGAAGCUUCCUCCCUAUGCAUCUGAAUGAGAAAUGUUUACCUGAGAUGAUACGUCUUGUAAGAAAAGGAGGAUACAUCAUCAUCACAACUCGGAAGUACAUAUUCGAAGGAGAAACGGGCGAUAUGAAGCUCAGACCUGGUCUCAUCCAAUUAACAAAAGAUGGCGCUCUCACCAAAAUAGCUCAUGAGGAAAAUUUGUAUGAGAAGGACGGAGAUGAUCACGUGAUUGGAAUAACAUUGAUAUAUCAAGUUAUGUGAUGUUCCAAAAAAAGCUUCGAUGAAAGAAUGACAGUAGAAUCACUUGAAGUAUCCCACGUCGAUGUUUUAAAGGCAAAGUGUAUGCAUAUCUAAAUAUAUAUAGAUAAAGAUAAUUAACUGUGGAUUGAUAUUAUAAUUAUUACAAGGGAUGUGGCAAGCAGUUUUUACCCCCCCCCCCCCCCCCUCGUCCCAAUCAGGCUAAAUAUUUUGGCGGGCAAAGGAAAUGUUGCCCGGCCAAGAACUGUCGUAAAAUAUAACCUUAACCUCUCACGCACAGAAUGUUAUGUGGGACCUGCCAAACGCUUUCUUAUCUGAGUUAGUUUGGUUGUAAAGCGUUUCAUGAAGAGUUAUGUUAGUGAUAUGCACUGACAGAAGUCAUAAGCUACGGCAAAUCCCUGUAUCUAAUUUGCUGAACGUAAUAAAGAAAAUGAAAACUGUUUAAUGCUUCUUCGGUUGCAUACCUAAACAAUGUCUUUGCCUAGUCCAAAUAUUUCAAGAGCAAAAUGCUCUAGAUGAGAAAAGUGUAUUAUUAACCUUGGUAAAAGAUCCCCCGCCAUGAGGUUAUGCCUUGCUCAAGUUCUCUACUCGAGUAUAUUCCUGUAAUACUGUGAAAACUAAACAAAUCAAUGAAUUAAAAGGAAAUUAGUACGUGGGACGGAAAAUUAACAUUAAUGUUUUUGUAUUUUUGCAAUAAAGAUUUGUUUAAGAUUCCA